AUGGCAGUGACCGGUCGCAAACACCUGACCCGAUGUGGCAAAUGCUGCUACUAUUGCCGACAAGUGACAACUUUCCUGUUCUCACACAUAGGCCUCUGCACUCUCCUCAUCGGCUAUGCACUGAUGGGUGCCUUCACUUUCCAGGCACUGGAACUCAAGAAUGAGGAGAAACAGAGGCUCGAGAUGUUGACAAUUCGUGAGCAUAUGAUUCAACAGCUCUGGAAUAUAACCCAAGAGAGCCCUGUCCUCAGCCAACACGAGUGGACUCAUGCGGCCGAAGGCAAGUUGGAGACCUUCGAGAAGACACUCCUGGAGGCUGUUCUCCGCAAGGGAUACGACGGCAGUGAUGACGUGACCCGGAAGUCGUCUCAGUGGUCAUUCUCAGGCUCUUUGCUGUACUCUAUUAUCGUGAUCACAACCAUAGGCUACGGGAAUAUCGCCCCCAGAACUGACUGGGGAAAAGUGGUGACAAUCCUAUACGCCAUAAUAGGCAUCCCUCUGAUGUUGUUCUGCCUGUCGAGCAUCGGCCACGCGAUGGCCCACUCAUUCAAAUUCAUAUACUGGAAGUGUUUGUGUUAUCUCUGCGUUGCGCCCAAAAGACACCGAAGACCCGCACAAAAGCGCCGA